GCCGUAACCUGAAAGAGCAGCCUGGAGAGGAGUCGCGCCGUUACCGGGGCCUACACUUCCGUCAUUUUAUACCUCACUAGAUAAACACGGUGCAGUAGUUUGUGUGUAUUCGUGCUUGGUAUGGAUGGGGGUUCGCUACGUGGUGUCUACUGGGAUAAAUAAGCGUCGCGCCUGCCUUGGCUGGAGGUGGUAAACUUGUUUCAUCAUAUCGACGGAGCAGCCCGGAGCUCGCCCUGGAAAUAAGCAGACGUCAGAGACCUCGCCUGCUGUUAACGUCCCACCGCAGUCCGGCCUCAGCCUUGUUCACUACCCGCUCAGUGUGGCGAGGUGAACGGCAUGCUGGUGGCAGCUGAGAGACGUUUAUCGGCUUUUUAGUUUUAAACGCCGUGCCUUGGCGGAAAGGAGAGGAUUUCGUUUUAUUUAAGGUCCAGAGACGAUGAAUGAGCAGGAGAGCGGUGUGGUGUCCUUUGAUGAGUAUGUGCGGCAGAAGGCCCGUACUGUUCCUCAGCACAGAAUGAAGGAGUUCCUGGAGUCUCUUGCCAAGGGCCCUGAGGUGCUGCAGGAGUUCAGCCAGCAGGGAGGGGCCGUCACCACUACAGCCAUGGUGUACCAGCAGCAGGGUGCCAACUGUAUCUACACAGAUAGCACAGAGGUGGCUGGAUCGCUCCUAGAGCUGGCCUGCCCGGUACAGGUGACCUCAACAGAGAUUUCGCCCCAACUGUCUGUGCAACAAGGGUCUGAACAGCAGCUUGAAGUACAGGUUCAGAUUCAGGAACAGCAGGGCCAAACAGUCGGCCAGGUCCUUCAGGUGGCCUCUCCCUCUCAGCAGGACUUACAGGGAAUCUCAACAGCCCAGUUUAUCCAAUCGGGAGAGCUCACAGAGGAGCAGCAACAACAGAUUCAGGCACAGUUGCUGGCAGCUGUAGCUGGAGGACAGCAAAUCCAGUUGUCCAGCGGCCAACAAAUUCAGUUACAAGGAACGCAGCAUAUUCAGCUGCCAGGGGGGCAGCAAAUUCAACUUCAGGCUGGCCAACACAUUCAGUUACAAGGUGGCCAACAGAUCCAGAUCCAGACCAUAGAGGCCAUGUCUCCUUCCCAUCAACAGGAGUCUCCCAGAGAGGCAGAGAGGAGGGCUGGCACUGUCGCAACUGUUCUCCAACCUGCCAAGAAGCGCAAGGUAGAUGUCCCUCUAGCAGUGUCCUACGCUGUGCCACAGGGACAGCAGGUGGCUACGGUUCUAGCUAUCCCUCAAGGGCAGCAGCAGAGUUACGUGUCCCUACGACCAGAUUUGCUCACCGUUGACAGUGCCCAACUGUACAGCACUACAGGAACGAUCACUGGUCCAACGGGUGAGACCUGGACCAUCCCUGUGUACUCCACUCCACAGCAGCAGGGAGUAACUCACAUUGCUAUACCACAGGAGUCAUAUAGCACAGUGCAAGUUACCACCACCAAUGGCAAGGACAAAGCGUCCACCAGUCCCUCAUCAAGGUCUGCAGAUAUGCAUUUGGCCUCAGCUGCAACACAGGAGGAAAUAGUACAGACCCUGUUCCCAGCCCAGUUCAUGAAUGGGAACAUUCACAUCCCUUUGGCAGUGCAGACUGUAGGAGGGACUUACAACACUACACAGUCGGUACACAUAUGGGACCCAAAUCAACAGCAGGGCCAAGGUGAAGAGGGACAAGAGCAGCAGCUCCAUCUGCAGGGUCAAGUAGAGACAGAGGCUCAUGCUGAACCACCUACAGAGAUUCUGGUUCCUGUCUCUCUAAAGCCAGAGGAGGGCCUGGAGGUGUGGCGCCUUUGGGUGAAGCGAAAAAAUGCUGAAUUAAGCAAGCAGGAAAAGGAAAAACUUGCUCCCAUAGGACGCCGUCAGCCACUGCGUUUUCAGGAGGACUUGGUGUCCAGUGCUGUAGCUGAACUAAACCUGGGUCUUUCCUUGAUGACUCGGGAGGCACGAGGAUCAGAGGAAGAACAAUAUGCAUCUGAUGUCCUGUACUAUGUUUUCUUGUGUAUUCAGAAGUAUCUCUCUGAAAAUGGACGUGUGGAUGAUAUUUUCUCCGAUCCAUAUUACACACGUUUUUGUGAGAGUUUAUACAAAAUACUGUAUGACUGGAAACCCAGUGUCCACCCUUUAGGUUAUAUCAUUCCAAGUCACGUGACGGAGGAGAUGCUGUGGGAGUGUAAACAGCUCGGUGCACAUUCGCCAUCGACAUUGCUCACGACGCUAAUGUAUUACAACACUAAGUAUUUCCGCCUGAUAACACCUGAACAGCACAUGAAAGUAGCUUUCUCAAAGGUCUUGCGACACUCAAGGAAGAACCCUGCUAACGCCAAGGACAAAGCAACCAGUAUUCGCCUUCUCAAGGGACAAGGUUCCCACAGUGCCGGACAAAAAGGAAACGAUGACAUGUACGAAGAGCAGAUCGAGGACCCUGAUAAUCCUCUUCGUUGUCCCAUUAAACUGUACGACUUUUACCUCUUCAAAUGUCCUCAGAGUGUCAAAGGACGUAACGAUGCAUACUACAUGACCCCAGAGCCUGUCGUUGCACCAAACAGCCCGAUGUGGUACUCGUCUCAGCCCCUCACGAGUCAGCAAGUGGAACACAUACUGGCUCGCAUCCUCGUGAUCCGAGAGAUUCAGGAGAUCAUCUGCACUGGUCCAGAAAAUGUGAGCUAAAAUGCGAGGACUGACUGGACUGAUGGGAACUUGUUCUCAAUAUUUGUUGACUAUGCAGUACCCAUCCUGACUCUAUAAACCUCAAUAGCCAUCAAAUAAAGUGGAACAACAUCUGACACAAUCAUUUUCUUCUGGUGAGAGUAACCUGAUUGCACUCGCCAUUUUUCUCUGAUGAUUUGUUUUCCUCUAACGAGUUGGACUGUUUCUUUAUCUAUCUUUGUAAGCAAUCGCUGAAACUUUUGAACCUUUAAGUUAAAAAGGUCUGAGUGUCAUCACUGCUGGCUAAAAACUCCUCUCAGCUGAGCAGAGGUACAUUUUCAUGUAAUAGACAGUCAGUAUGACACACACACGUAUACAUAUAUAUAUAUAUAUAUAUUUAAUCUUUCACUUCUUAUCCCCACCAACCUUUAACCAAGUCUUAGUUCCUGUCGAGGUUCCACUAUGAAACAUUAAACUCCAAACAAGACAAUUUGCAGGGACCACAAUUUUUGUAUUCUGGCUUCAUUUUGGAUCAUGUAUUGAUAUGUUCAAAGCUGAAAAACUUGUGCCUGUUUUUUCAAAAAUGACUUCAUAAUUUAUGCCUGUGGAUCUCUGAGUGAGUUGAACCUCAACAUAUUCACAUGGUCAAGUGCUAUAUUGUAGUCAUUGAGGAGAUAUUUUUUUCUCAGGUUGAGCUAGUAGUUGAAAACUCAUCAAGGAUUUUUUUUUUGCCAACUCAUUCCUCCAUGUAUGUGUGUAGGUUAUUAAAAAGAAUAUGCACACGGCAA